ACCAAGUCAGUCUGCGCCAAACACCCACACCGACCAGCCGAUUCUCAUGGCUCUAUGGUACAGCCUUGCUCUCUCAUUCCUUCUGGUUUCCAUCCAGGUCCUGGAGGUUGAAGGUUGGCAUGACUUGGAUAAUACUGAAUAUGACUGCUGGCCAAUAACGGACCCAAACGAUUACAACAUGAUCAGCUGUGGUGGGUUGGAGAUGGCCUGGGUGCAGCGUCCCCCAGAGAAAAUCGCAGACGGGGAAGAGUUUAAUGUUACCUAUUCAGUCACAGCCUCAGACACCUUUUAUGAAUAUGCAGUCAAGAACAGGAUCCUCCAGUUCAGUAAUGCUUCAGAGGCUAAGAGAUUCUGCUAUGAACACGAGUGUCCCACCAACUGGAACAAUGCCAACGAGCACAACUGCUGUGUAUACCACGCCAACAUCCACUCCUGUCCACUUGCGCUCAUGAGAGGCGGAGGGAUUUGCGGUCCUUGGAUCCCAGAUGAUGGUGAGAUUGUGACCCAUACUGUGUCUAAAGCAGGCAAGAUGAGCCAGCUUCUCUGGACCUCAAAGGUGGUGCUUGUCCAUUUAGGACUGACCUCUGUCAUUGCACAUAUCAAAGUGGGGCAGAUGCACGCUGCGCUGGAGUCCAAAGUGCUUGUUGUUAGUGCUCAAGUGUGUGGAGAUGAUAUCUGUGAGCUGGAGGAGAGCUGUCUGACAUGUCCUGCCGACUGUGGUGUGUGCCCUAUGGCCAUGACCAUCAGGAUGGCCAUUGGCCUUCCAGUAGCUCUGUUUUGUAGCGGCUUCAUCUUAACUGUGGUGUGGCUGCAAUACCAAAAGCAGAAGUUGUUUUGGGAUGAGAGUUGGAUCAUCAAUUACAAUAACAUCUUGUUUGGCAAAGCCUGCUAUAUGGGCUUCUGUAGCGCCACAAGUCUACAACCAGUGAAGAGCAGCUCCAGCAUCAGCCGGGCCACAGAUGUGACAGUGUGUACGGUGGUAAACACCAGCUUCAAGUCCGGCUUCAUUCAGCCAGGCAUCUAUGAUGGAAGGACAGUAGCUGUGAAACACAUCCAAAAGAAGCACUUCACUCUCUCCAAAACAAUCCGGAAAGAGGUGAAAGAGGUUAGGGAGCUUGAUCAUCCAAACUUGGCUAAGUUCAUUGGAGGCUGCAUCGAGGUCCCCUUCAUUAGCAUCAUCACAGAGUACUGUCCUAAAGGAAGCCUUGCUGAUGUUCUCUUGAAUGAAGACAUUCCUAUCAACUGGGGCUUUCGUUUAUCCUUUGCCACUGAUAUUGCUCGUGGGAUGGCUUACCUGCACCAGCACAAAAUGUUUCAUGGGCGACUUCACUCCCGCAAUUGUGUUGUUGAUGAUCGAUGGGUCUGCAAAAUUUCAGACUAUGGUCUGAUGGCCUUUAGAAAAGAGGAUUCUGAAACACUAAGCGGUACUUUCCACUGUGAAAACCUUUACCGCACUUACUGCGCCCCAGAGAUUUUGCUGGGCAGCUCUAGCGCCACCACAGCUGCAGCUGAUGUGUACAGCUAUUCCAUUAUCUUAGUGGAGAUAGCCACCCGCAGUGACCUUAUUUCGGAGCAGAUUGAGUCCAUGAAACUGGACAUCACAUGGCGUCCUCCGCUUCCUGAACUGAAAGCUGGGAAAUCGGACAGCGACUGCCCCAACCAAGGAGAGUACUGUGAGCUUAUCAGAAAGUGCUGGUCCCACAAUGUCACCACCAGGCCGACAUUUGAGCAGGUGAAAAAAAUACUGGACAAAAUGAAUCCACACAAAGUCAGCCCUGUCGACAUGAUGAUGAACCUGAUGGAAAAGUACAGUAAGCAUCUGGAGGCUAUAGUGGCUGAGAGGACACAGGAUCUUCUUCAGGAGAAGCAGAAGACAGACCGCUUGCUUUAUAGUAUGCUGCCUAAACCAGUGGCUGACGAUCUCAGACAGGGGCGUACAGCGGAGGCACAGAGCUACUCCAAUGCCACUGUGUAUUUCAGCGACAUAGUAGGUUUUACCCAGCUCUCGGGCUCCAGCACUCCUCACCAGGUCGUAGAUUUCCUCAAUAAACUCUACACCACCUUUGAUGACAUCAUUGACAACUAUGACGUCUACAAAGUGGAGACUAUUGGAGAUGCUUAUAUGGUCGUGUCUGGUGUACCAAACGAGAAUGGCAUCAAUCAUGCAGGUGAAAUUGCCAGCAUGGCUCUGGAUUUAAUCAGCGUUUGCCAUGCAUUUAAGAUCCCACACAAGCCUACCACGCAGCUGAAAAUACGGGCCGGCAUCCAUUCAGGUCCUGUGGUGGCUGGAGUGGUGGGCACUAAAAUGCCACGUUACUGUUUAUUUGGAGACACUGUGAACACAGCAUCCCGCAUGGAGUCCACUAGUGAAGCUUUAAAGAUUCAGUGUAGUGAAUCUACAGCUGAUCUGCUUCACACUCUUGGAGGAUAUGUCCUGGUCUGCCGUGGCACUCUAAAUGUAAAGGGCAAAGGUGAGAUGACAACUUGGUGGCUGGAGACAAAAAGAGGCCCCAUGGAUCCUCUUCCUUCAAAUGAAGAGCCACAGCAUGGGCCUGUCCCAGUUAGCAACUGACCUCUCUCCAGAGAAACAACUGUCUACUGUCCUCAUUGUUCUGUAUUAGUACAGUGAGUGUGUACUCUGCCAUCAUGAGUAGGCUAAAAGUUGCUUUACUGCGCUAUUAAACUGUGAACGAAACUGUGAUGUGACAUUAAUGACUGUGUAUUUGUAUUCAGUAUAAAUGCAUUCAUUGUUGUCUUGUAGAAUGCAUAGUUCUGCAUUUAGACAUAUUUUUCCAGUUCUUAACUCUUUGUAUUGACUUCUUUUGUAAUGUCUCUGGUUGGUUAUGAACAGACUGAGAGGUCCAUGUUGAUAAGUAAUACAUUGCGAAUUAACAGUUUAUUAAGAAGAAUUAUAGAAGAAUAUGAACAGUUUGCAAAUGUAGUAUUUUUUUUAUCAAUGUAAGAUGUCUCAAUA